AUGUCCGACUCCGCCCCCAAGCCGAUGGGCCUCGCUGCCCAGGCUGCCCAGAACUUCAGGGACCUAUUCCGAUGGCAGCAGCGCGUCACAAUCAUCGACGAGAAUGGUCAGGAGCGCGAGGAGUGGCAGUCGCCCGAGAUGCCAAAGAACCCCAUCAAGCUGCUUCGCAUGCUCUCGGCCACAAACUGGCUCUACUACCUCGUCGGCCUCGCCGCCUGGACCGUCGACGGCUACGACUUCCACUCGGUCUCAAUCUCCCUCACCCGACUCUCGGCCUUCUACGGCGUCAGCAAGACUCAGGUCUCGACCGCCAUCACCCUCACUCUCCUCCUCCGAUCCAUCGGUGCCGCCCUGUUCGGUGUCGCAGGCGACUACUGGGGCCGUAAGUGGCCCAUGGUCAUCAACAUGUUCAUCAUCGGCGCGCUCCAGGUCGGCACCGUCUACGCCAGGACUUUCAACGAGUUCCUCGCCGUUCGCGCCCUCUUCGGAAUCGGAAUGGGCGGUAUCUGGGGAGGCGCCGUCUCCAUGGCCCUCGAGAACGUCCCCACCGAGGCCCGCGGUCUCCUCUCGGGUGUCCUCCAGCAGGGCUACUCGCUCGGAUACGUCUUCGCUGCCCUCUUCAACCUCACCCUCGCCCCCAAGGGCGGCAAGCACGGAUUCCGCACCCUCUUCUGGAUCGGCGCCGGCGCUUCGUUCUUCGUCGGCGUCGUGCGCGCACUCUUCCCCGAGUCCAAGCAGUUCCUCGACGCGAAAAAACAAAACGGACGCGGCGGCGGCGUUCGCGCCUUCCGGAGCCAGGUCGGCACCGUCUUCCGCACCCAGUGGAAGAUGAUGGUCUACUGCUGCGUCCUCAUGGCUCUCUUCAACUACUUUUCUCACACCACUCAGGACAACUACGCUGUCUUCAUCGAGGUCGGAAUGGGCUACACGAAGAACCAGUCGAGCCUUGCAGGUAUCCUGAUGAAGACAGGUGCCUGCGUGGGCGGAACGAUCAUCGGCUACAUCUCGCAGUUCUUUGGACGCCGCCGCACGAUUGUCCUCGCCGCCGUCAUGUCUGGCCUUCUCAUCCCGGCCUGGAUUCUGCCCAAGAGCCUCGGCGGCCUGAUGGCCGGCGGCUUCAUGCUGCAGUUCUUCGUCCAGGGCGCUUGGGGUGUCAUCCCCGUCCACCUCAACGAGCUGUCGCCUCCGGCCUUCCGUGCCUCGUUCCCCGGUAUCGCGUACCAGAUCGGCAACAUGAUCUCGUCGCCCUCGGCUCAGAUCGUCACCGCCAUCUCGGAGAGCCACUACUACACCAACCCGAACGGCAAGAGGACGCAGGCCUUUGGCCCGACCAUGGCCAUUGCCACCGCCAUCAUCGCGCUCGGCAUUGCCGUCUGGGUCGCCCUCGGCACCGAGAGGAAGGGAUCGCACUUCGAGGCCGUCAGCGCCGCCACGGCCGCCGUCGACGGCCCCGUGCCGCACCACAAGAACCUCUCGGACGACCUCGAGACGGGCUCGUACGACGAAAAGAAUUCCAAGACCGAGGUGUCGGGUCCCCAGGUUCACACCGUCACCAAGGACGCCCACUAA